UGGAUGGAGAAAGGACACGAUUAGGCAAAGUCGUCUCGCUUUGGGGAACUUCAAGCUUUUUAGAUUCGCGCUGAGGUAAACAACAAUGUAUAAGCUGGAUUUGUUUGGCCGUGCUGUCAGAGCGCUCGCGGCAGGAUCAAGCGGACUCCAGGCGCAGCGAUUCUUGCCGUCCUGUAUGAAAUAUGAGAGUGUGUGCAGGACUCAGAUCAGAAAACACAGUCAAGAUCAACCCACACACACCGCGGGACACUUGACCUGUUACAGCCUACCGCACAGGACUCUUAUCAAUGUAACUGGACAUGACACGAACUCUUUUCUUCAAGGAAUUAUCACCAAUGACAUGGACCUUCUGGGAGAAGAUGGACUCACAGCCAUGUAUGCACACAUGCUCAAAGUUCAAGGCAGAACACUGUAUGACAUCAUCAUAUACAGUUUAAAAGAAACCCCAAUUGGCCUUAAUGGGGUACUUCUGGAGUGUGACAGCACUGUACAGGACUCCGUCAUACGGCAUCUGAAAGUUUACAAGAUACGUCGCAAAGUGAGCAUCAGCCUCUGUCCCAGUCUCUCACUUUGGGCUUUGUUUCCUCAAGAUAAAAAUGCUGUGCUGGGAAAGUCAAAGCCAGAUGUUACUGCAGCAGAAAAAGUGUUGGUGCUGGGAAAAGACCCAAGAACUCAACUCAUGGGCUGGAGAAUGAUCACUAAUAGUGAGGUCAAUCCAACGGAGAUCAUCUCGGCCUGUCGAGCGGGCAACACCGAAGAAUACCAUAGACACCGCUAUGAAAUUGGACUUCCUGAAGGAGUCAAAGACCUCCCACCAGGUGAGGCCCUUCCACUGGAGUCUAACCUGGUCUACAUGCAGGGAAUCAGCUUCAGCAAGGGCUGCUACAUCGGACAGGAACUAACUGCCAGAACUCACCACACCGGUGUAAUACGGAAGCGCCUAAUGCCUGUGACCAUGUCUGCCCUGGCUGAGAAUCUGAACCAAGGGGCUGCUUUGGAGACUGAGGGGGGCAAACCAGCAGGGAAGCACAAGGCAGGAAUUGGCAAACUGGGCUUGAGCCUUAUACGCUUGGCUCAUGCAAAAGUGUCCCUCAAAGUUAAAUCCUCUGAUGACAUGACAGUAACUCUACAGGCCAGUGUGCCUGACUGGUGGCCAAAAAACGUGAACGAUAAAUAAAGGGUUAAUCAGCAACACCAGAAUAAGACUGCUGUUAUUGCACUGCAAAAUAUAUUUAUUUCGAUUUUGAGUCAAUUGAAAACUAUUUUAACUGAACAUUUUUCAGAGAUGUUCGUUAAAAAUAAAAUUCCUUAAACACAUUUCUUUAUAUUCUUACAGUAGUUGUAAUGUCAAAGUUCACCUGUUCAACUCCUACUUCCAAGUUAGUUAGUACAAUGUAAAAUCUGACAAGGCAUCCGUUUUAAACCGUCAAACAACCUGUGCUUUAUUUAUACAUGGUAUCUUACAAAUAAUACAUUUUCAUAAUGCAAACCAUGAAGGGUGAAAUAUAAGCUUUACAUUAUUUGACUGAGAUCUUUCGUACGUAACAUGUUAAUAUGAUUGAAAUGCUGCAGCAGAGAAAAUGUAAAUACAUUUGCAAAAAAUUAUUUACUACCAUCUACUUCUUUGAUAUGCCACUUCCAGUGUCACAACUUGGGUAUCAUUAUGCGUGUUUAUGCUGACUAUUAAAAAUCAGCUUAUUGACGAAAACUGACAACGUAACUAGUCCUGAGAUGCAUGACAUAAUCAGAUAAUUCUCUGCUUUUGAUGUGCACAUUGGAUAAAAUGGUAUGAAUGCUAGUGAAGAUGUUUACAUGCAGAGUGAAAUCAGGUCAUGGGCAAAAUAUUGAUUGUUUUUUGCUUAAACAGUUUAUGCCCUUACCCUGAUUAAGGGAAUAGUUCACCCAAAAAGGUAAAUUCUCUCAUCAUUUAAACAUCUUCAUGCCAUCCCAAUGCCAACACAAAUUAAUAUUUUUAGAUGAAUAUUUCAGAUCUGUAGGUCCAUACAAUGCAAGUGAAUCGUGAUCAGAACUUUGAACCUCCAAAAAGCACAUAAAAGGCAGCAUAAAAGUAAUCUUAAGACUCCAGUGUUUAAAUGAAUGUCUUCAGAAGUGAUAAGGCAUGUUUGGGUGAGAAACGGGUCAAUAUUUAAGUCCUUUUUACUGUCAAUCUCCACUUUUGACCAGCCCUUCUAUGCGCGUUCACAAGAAGCCCGAGUUCUGCUUUUUGGUGAUUUGCAUUUUUUUAGCAUAUCGCCACCCACUGGGCUGUUGUGCAAAUAUGAUUGAUUUAGUCCUUUUCCUUUAUCCCUCCUUUCUUUUCUUUUCUUCUCCCUGCCCAGUAGGUGGCGAUAUGCAGAAUUGGUCCUCUUGUGAACAUGCAUAGGAGAGCUGGUCAAAGAUUUGUAGUAAAAAAGGACUUCAAUAUUGAUGUUUCUCACCCACAUCUAUCAUGUCACUUCUGAAGACAUGGAUUUAAACACUGGGGUCUUGUGGAUUACUUUUAUGCUGCCUUUAUGUGCUUUAUAGAGCUUCAAAGUUUUGGCUACCAUUCACUUGCAUUAUAAUAUUCUUAAUAUAUUUGUGCUCUGCUGAAGAAAGAAAGUCACACACAUCUGAGAUGGCAAGAGAGUGAGUAAAUAAUGAGAGCAUUUUCAGUUUUGGAUGAAAUAUUCCUUUAAGAAAACCCGUUUAAGGCAUUUACUGAACAUGACCUCACAUGUUAGCUUAUUAGGAAUAAUU